AUGCCGAAACUAACAGUGGAGUAUAAAAAACAAGCAGUCCCAGCGUUUAUUGCAAGAUUUAAAGCAGAAACUGGCUAUCAAGAGCAUGAUAUAAAGGAUAAACAUGGAGAUUUGGACGACGACGGCAAAGAAUUGAAAGAUCGAGACGAUGAGCGACCACAAGUAGUUCAACUGUCACAGAAUGAUAUGACAGCUGAGGAAGCGAAACAGCACUGGGACAAGGAAGAGGCAUCUGGAAAGAAGACUGACGAUCUCAGUGAAGGAAAGGAACAAGAAGAAGAAAUCGAGGAGCCGUGGGACGGAAAAUUUAAAUUCAGGAAAUCAACGAAACGUCCAAGUACUGAAUUAGACUUCAAUGUCAGUAAAAAGAAGAAAUCUGCCGACAGAAAGAAGGAGAAGAAGGAGAAAAAGAAGGGUGUUAAAAACAAAAUGCUACUGUCAUUUGGUGAUGAUGAGGAAGAAGAAGAGGAAGAAACUUGA